AUGGGUCGUCUGCGUAAAUCGCCAAAAAAAGAUCCGUUGGCCAAGAAGGCAGGUGGUGGCGUUUUGACUGCUACGGAAAAGCGACGGCGUAUGUUAGAUGUUGGGAAACGUUUUGUAAUGAGGUCAGUUCAUCAUCUGAGCCCAGGUCGUGUUACUGGGAAAGCCAAUUUGCACAGUGCGCAAGUGCCUGGUUCUACAGUGAAAUUAGAAGCGGCUUCAAAGCUUGUUGGUUCUAUUUUGAGAGGGCAUAAAGGGCAGUUAUCUAAAUCGCCAGUUCAUCGGCAAGGAGUUAAUUCAGCCUUGCAUGAAACAACUGGCGCAACUUCCUCAAACGCUAGAUUGGAAUAUCGGCCUGGCGAUGAAGAAGUGUUUAAGCAGGACGAGAAUUCAAUGAAGGAGAUUUUAAACCUUCGCCCUAUUUCACGAAUUGCUGGUCGACCUUCAUAUGUGCGGCACAAUCGCCCGUCGUUCUUCCCAAAUGGAAUAAAUCCAGUAGAAAGAGCUUUCGCAGCGAGGGAAGAGUUAGCUAUUGAACAGAAUACUAAGCUAGAGCCACCCAAGAAACCGCCACGAACUUUCAAAGAAAGCUUACAAUUUGAAGGAAAUAAAGAUUUUAUCAAAGAAAAUGAUGUUGAUACCGUACCGGUUUCCACAAAGAAAACACCUGGGAAAUCUGUUCGUUUCGCAGAUGGAACGGCAUAUGGGUCGCCGGAAUCAUGCCAGAAGCAUGCUGUUAUUGUGGAUAAGGUGACAGAAUUGUUUGAUAGUAUUAAUGAGUCACAGUUGGAGGAAGUCCUCCGUCAUAUCCCUGAAAGGGUUUUUCGUAGACUCUCUUGUGCUGUUACCCGAGUUCAGAUUAGUGCCUUUUCUGGAGAUAAACACUCAGUGUUUCCGCAACUCAGCAGAACUGCUAAGACUUUGUCUAAUGGGCCUCAGAGUCUUCGCAGGACUUCAUCGAGGAGGCUGUUUAGUCCUUCUUUACACAGUUACAAUACAAGGUCCAAUCCUUUCUUAUCCGACGAAGAUGCUGAAGCUCCACAAGUAGCAGAAAGUUCUGCACAGAAGGAAGAAUGCGAAAACACUUCUUAA